UUUUUCGCACGAGUUUUCAAUUAAAUUUUUGAAUAAAGCAUUUUUGAGACGUUUCUGUGUUAUUUUCAGUUAUCGCGAUUUGCGUCUGAAAUAAGUGCAAUUAGUGUCGCAAUAUUGAGAAAUUUUUGUGUGCAAUGAAUUGAGCGAUUGCCCGAUGCCCGAUGCCCGAUGCAAUUGCACAAAGAAAAUUGCAGAUUGAUUGAAGAAGAGUGUUAAACAUUUUUCAAAAUUGUAUUGUGUUUGUGUUUUUCUACUGAUUCCAACAGCUGGCAACAUACAAAAGAUUUAACAACAAAGCGUUGAAAAGUGAAAAAUCAGCCGCACACAAAGGACACACAGGACACAAAUCCGCAAUCCGCUUCGGCAAACCAAGGCCAAAUGCAAUAAGCUGCAGCCACGCACACAAAGCCAUCAACAAAGCGCAGUCGAAGCCGUCUCCUGUUACCGCCCCCUUGCCACCCUACCACCCAUCCUCCCAGCAAGAGCAACCGCAGCCAGCAGGAGUGGGUAGAGCAGCCGCCAGGAUUGCUUUCUUGUAUUUUGGACACACGUGCGCCACGGCUGCGCCGUUGCCGUGCCCGUUGCCCGUGUCCUUGCCAGCGCCAGCGUCAAUCGGAUCGCCUUCGGCAACGGCGGCCACAAUGAAGCUGUCAAAACUGUCCAACCAGACGAACUCACAGGAUCCGCAGGCGGUCAACUCGCGCAUCUUUGUCGGCAAUCUGAAUACAUUUCAAUGCUCCAAAACGGAUGUGGAGCGCAUGUUUCAGAUCUACGGCCGACUGGCAGGCAUCUCCAUGCACAAGGGCUAUGCCUUUGUGCAGUUCACCAACCCCUUCGAUGCCCGCAACGCCUGUCACGGCGAGGACGGCAAGACGGUGCUCAGCCAGACGUUGGAUGUCAACAUGGUGGCCGAGCCGAAGGCGCAUCAAAUUGGCAGAAAACGCCAGAAUGUCAGCAAAACGGGCAACGAUUGGGACUACUUCUAUGACAGCUACUGCUCCUCGGCGCUGCUGCGCGGCGGCGGCGGCGGCUCCAACGGGGUGCGCGCCAAGAAACGCAAGCGUUUGAUGACCAGCAACAACAGCCUUGUUGCUGCGGUGCAACAGCAGCAACAGCAGCAGCAGCAGCAGCAUGGCCAGCAUCAUCACAGUGCCGCUGCAGUGGCCGCUGCUGCAGCUGCUGCGGUGCAUCAUCAGCAGCAGCAGGCGCAGGCGGUGCAGCAACAGCAGCAGCACCAGCAGCAGCACCAGCAGCAUCAGCAGCAGCAGCACCAUCAUCAUCAUCAGCAGCAGGUGGCAGCUGUUGCUAUGGCGGCCAUGGCCAAUUUGUUGCCACAGCAGCAGCUGUUGCUGCAUCAGCAGAAUCUGCUGUCGAAUGCGGCAGCCGUGGCCAGCACGGCGGCAACAACAGCGGCGCCCGGCGCUCUACAUUGGUCGCAAUACAAACAGGAGCAACAGCAGCAGCAGCAACAACAGCAACAGCAGCAACAGCAACAACAUCAGCAGCAAUUUGUGGCCGCUGCCACAGGUUUCCAGUUGAAGAGCGUCAUCGCCGGGCAGUCAACGACUUCGCCACAGAACGCAAAGUCAGCAAUAAUUGCUAAUCAAACAGCGCUCGUGGAAACGUACGGUGCCUUUUCCCAGCAGCCGUCGCAUCACCAACAGCAUCAACAACAACACCAGCAACAACAGCAGCAGCAGCAGCAACAACAACAGCAACAGCAGCAAUUGGGCUGCCUGCUGCAGCCGUUGACUUUGGCAUUGUCCCCACAGCAACCGCAGCCGCUACAAUUGCAUAGCCAAAUGAUGCAGCAACAACAGCAUCAACAGCAACAACAACAACAGCAACAACAUCUACAGCUACAGCAGCAGCAGCAGCAUCAGCAUCAACAGCAGCAACAUGCACAGGAGCAAUUAAGUUUGCAUCAACACUGGGGACCAUUCAAAGUCUACAGCAAUCCGGACACAUUAAUCUGCGGCAACUGCCGGGAAUGCUUCAACGAGCUGUCUGAGUUAUUGGACCACAAGAAAAGUUACUGCAAGCUGAGGUUCACGUGCAAGUGCCAGGAUGUGGCCUUUGCAGCAAAAACGCCGCCAACGAGCGCCAAAUUGCUUUGCGCCGUUUGCAAGGAUGCAUUCGCCAAUCCCUGGGAUUUGAUGGUGCACGCACAGGCCGCACACAUGGUUAACAUUUACGAGCUGGGCGAUGAGGUCGUCGCCAAUGGCAAUGGCAACGGCAACGGCAAUCCCAGCCCCAACAACAACGAUGCGACUGCAAUUGCAGCCAAUGGACAUGGAAUGGCCACGACCGUGGCUGCUGCUGCUGCUGCUGUUGCUGAUGAUGAGGCAACAACCAUAACAAAGCACAUGCCAACGUCAGCAACACUUAACAAGGAGCCAAAUAACAAUAACAAAAUUAGCAACAAUAACAACAGCAGCAGCAACAACAACAACAACGACACCAUCGUCAAUGGCCACAUGUCACCCACAGCCCACGGCAACAACAUUGCCGCCGUCGCAGUUGCAGCAAAUGGCAUUGAUGUUGCUCCCGUCGACGCUGACGCCGACGUCGACGGCAACGCCAACGCCGGCGCCGCUGCGGCAGUCCACGAUGGCCAGGCCAGCAGCGAUACGGAGACAUCGCACUGCAUGGACCUGAAGUUUGGGCUCUGCGCCAGCCCCAAGGAGGAUCCGCAGCGUGACGAUCUGUCGCUGGAUGGACGCCUGUCCAGCAGCUCGCAGACCCAUCACUCGGAUGACAUCAAUAUGAAUAUUAAGCUAAUUAACGGUUCGGUGUCCUCGCGCGGCAGCUCGCCCGGCUUGGAGUCGGAUGAGCCGCCGGCAACACGCGCCUGCAUUGUGCGUACCCUGAGCAUUGAGGCUGCUGGUGCUACGACCACGCCCACUGCGAAUGCCUUGAGCCUGAUGUCGAAUGGUCUCAGUUUGGCGCUGGCACCGCAAUAGGCCAACAAAAUAUAUCAAUCAAUCAGGCUGGACUUAAUUAGAAUCAAAAGCGUGUGAAUCAGCAUCCAGAUAUAUUCAGAAUUUAGGUACUAU